AUGAUCAAACUCUCUGAUCAUAUCUACUGGACCGCCAAACCGUCCGAGGUUCCUGAACGAAUCUGCCAUCACCUAACUCUGUCUAUCCCAUCUGCCAUUUGCUUCUCAUCACUCAUUGCUCUUCUCCUCUUCUAUGUCUUUCUGGUCGAGAAGAACCAUGCAAUUGGCAAGCACGCUUUCAACAAAGUCAUCUCCUGGUCUGGUGUCACUCUGAUCGCUCUCGCUACUGCGUUUCUCGCUGCUUUGGAUGUUGCCCUUUUCGUUGCUUGCCAUCAUGCAAACCAUGUCAAUGCUAUCUUCAAAGAGAAAGUCUUUCAUCCAGUCAUCACUCCUGCUGUCAAUAGAGCCAUCGAGAUCUACGAUACUGCCUACAAUUAUGUCGCUCAAUCUCCAAACGUCGCUAGAAGCUACUUGCGCGAGCUGGUGAAGGACGAGAAGAAGUUGCACCGAGCUUCUGAUCUCUUCUGUGCUAUCUUCGUUGCCGCUUUCAUCGUACUGUCGCUGUAUCUACAGCUCUCAAUCUCUGGUCUGUUGUCUCAGGAUGAUCUUCGCCAUGUCUUUGAGACAUAUUUUAUCUCCACCUCAACUUUCAGUGGUCUGAUGUACGGUUUCUAUCUUCACCAUACAGCUAUUAUCCCUGGCUAUGUUCUGGAUUAUCUUCGUCAAACAGCUGGAGCUUACUGGAAUCAUCUUGCGGUGAUGGCAAACCUGGACUCGUCUAGCUCUUCUAUCCCUGAGAUUGCGAACGGCGAUAUUCUUCUGCAUCUUGGAGAAGAGAUGCCUGGCCUAGAAGAGCUUCUUACCUUAUACCUUCGAAGCCGAACUGAAUUUGAUUUCGACAAUCAGGACGACCUCGUCGCUCUAUUUGGAAGCCUAUCGGAUGAUCUCUCUCUCAAGCUUCCCGAGCUCAUCGACAGUGAGUCUGUGACUAUCGUACCUUUAGAAUGCAUCAUAUUCUACAGUGGUAUCAUGGGCCAAGGUUGUAGGAUUGAAUUCGACGUGAUGAAGGAGCAAAGAACGAUCGGAUACUUCGAUCUCUCGUUCGUCUUCUCAACAGAUGAAAAUAUUGAUCCUACGACAGAGGGCUAG